GAUCUUAUUACUGAGUGCAAACUGAUGUUUCAGAGCGGGCGCAGAUCGAGGAAGAGGGAGAUAGAGAAGAAGAGAUAAGGAGAAAGAAGAGAGAAGAGCGACGACUCGGUGACCAUGGCUUCGGAACCCACUUCGCCCACAAGCCCUACCACUCCCACAAGCCCCACAGACGACCACGAGGCAACGAAAGAGUGGCUUGAGACCAUCCUCGAGGGCUACCACAGAUCCAAGAACGCCGAGGCUGACCUUGAUCUCGAGCUGCGCGAAUGGACAAUCAACCCGGCUCCAGCAGACAAGGAGGGCUUCCUGUCUGAACAACUGUCCAUGACCGUGAACUACGUGGCCGAGGGGGAGGAACACCACGCCCACCUGCUGGCGAAGCUCCUCCCACAGGAUCCUUUUAACAGGGCAUUCGUCAUCGAAACGCUCUUUGAUGUGAGGGAGAUCAAGUUUUAUACCGAGAUCAAACCUGAACUGGAGGAGGUGGAAAGAAAAUACCUGACGGAGGACUUCCUCAGUUCGUCCUGGGCUCCUAAACUGUAUUAUGCCAAGCACAAGCAAGCCUCAGAAUCAAUACUCGUUCUGGAGGACAUGUGUCAGCACGGAUUCCAGGUGGAGGACUUAACCAAAGGCCUCAGUCAGGAUCAGAUCAAGUCCGCCAUCACUGCCCUGGCCAACGUUCAUGCUGCGGCAAUGGCCCUCGAAGUGAAGGAGAAGAAGCCCUUGAAGGAGCGAUACCCCUACCUGCUCUCGAUGGAACAAGCCGUGGAGUCCUUCACGUGUCUCGUCGACAGAGGUCUUCCCCUACUCCUGAAGUUCCUCGAGUCGCGAAAGGACUAUGCAGCGGUGCGCGAAGGGCUUCAGAAGUACCAGGGGCAAAAAAUGGCGGCUGAUGUCUUUCGAAAGGUCUUGACACCGUCAGAAAGAAUCAAUACUCUGGUUCACUGUGACUACUGGUGCAACAACCUCCUCUUCAAGAACGGCGAAGAGCGCACAGACUGCUGCAUAAUCGACUGGCAAAUGGUCACGUACGGAAGGCCAGCCAUAGACUUGGCAUUUUUGAUAAGCACAUCGUUGGAAACUGGUGAGCGACGCAAACAUUGCCCAGAACUUCUGUCUCACUACUGGGAAGCUUUCACCUCGAGACUCUCGAAGUUCGACAUAAAACAGGAAAAUCACAAGUACAGCAGAGAAGACUUGGAGGCAGAUUUCAAGGCGGCGCAGACGAUGGCAGGCCUGGUCGUGGUUGGGAGUGUGGAUAUUGCCCUCGGGUUCCCGGCCAGAGAGGAAAGGGUGUUGGAGCUCCUGGCGGACCUGCUCAAAGUCGGUAUUCUAUGAAACACUUGAAGUAAAGAACGUACAGCUGAUAUUUGUAAAUAGCAAUGUUAAUGAUGAUAUUAGAAAUGAAAAUCGUGGAGAAAGUCUUUAAAUGAAGUAUCGAGCUUAAUGCAACAAUAACGUCUCAUAUAUAUACCUGGGCAGAAGCAUAGAGGUGAUUUUGAUGUAUAUCUAUUUUAUAAUUCAUGGAUUAUCUGUAAACAGUACUUUUCUAUGAAAAAAGAAAAAUGAUACACAUUAAUUGUAUUAGAUCAUAAUUAGGCUAGAAAUCCGAAAAAAAUAUAUUCAUUAUAACUGUCUGUAGCCCAUGGUAGUGCCUUGGUAUAGGGUACCGCUAAUUGAAGUGACCCUUUGGGCAGAUAAUGCUAAUUGGUAUGAAAAUUAUCGAUUUGUUUUCCUCAUUUAUUAGAUAUAAGGUCAAGUGCUAGCUUCGUAGUGCAUCACCAGCUGGUCUGGCCCCAGGACCACCUCUGAUUUUCCUUGUUUGAACUCUUUACCCAUUCCGUAAAACGAAAAGACACUCAAAGAACGGUGUUUAUUAUAGGUAUCAUUUUUUAAAAAGUAUCUGUUUUCGUAGUAUUGUAAUGAUCUGUUUUCGUAUUAUUGUUGAAAUUCAACCUGAUGCAUUAUUAUUACUAUUCCCUGUACUCAUUUUUUCAAAACUCUGCUAAUUAUCCAUCUCCUCACAUGCCUCAGCUUAAAAGCACACCAUUUCUUGACCCUGCAACAGUCCCUUGCUAUUAGAGACAGACUGCAAGACUUCAAAUAUGCCAUUAUUCAGAUGAAUGAAUGGAAACCCUCAAUGUAAACACACCCAUGUUGUUAUUGUAAGAUGCAAGAUGUCAGUAUUGCUAUCAACGGCGAUUUCAUCCGAUUACGCUAAGAUUUAAUUAUCUGUAGGUGCUUUGAAUUCUGAAAAAGAUAUGUCCAGAUAACCAACAUAUGACACAUGUUAUAUCAGUUCCUGUGCUAUUCAGACAACACAGUAAAUGCUAAAUAAAACUAACAGGUUCGUAUAUAAAGGGGAUAUAUUUUUUUUACACUUGAUGGAAAACCUUUGUAAAGAGUGAGACAAACUUAUUGCAAAAAGUGAAAUAUCUCCUUUGGAAAGACAGCUCACACUAUAUUAUUGUUAUCCGAAAGAGGUGACCGUUAACCGAGUAGACAUUCCAAUUAUUUACUUUUCUAUUUGCUGAGAAGAAUGUUGUGAAGUCACGGCUUUUUAGUCUAUUGUGAAAGUACAUUUUAUUACCAAUCAAAUGACGACUAAAUGUGCUCUUUCAUUACAGCAUCUCACACUACAAGUUAUCAUUAUAAGUAAGAAUAAAUAAAUAUUAUGAAGCAGGUGGAGUUGGAUAUAUAUAUAUAUUUUUUCUUGUUAACUGCAGUUAACUAUUUCAGAAUCUUAUUUUUAUGUGUGUGAGUUUUUGCAGGUCUUCAUGUGUACUUGUUACCUUAAUUUUUUUUUUAGAAUAAGAUUUUUCUUUUCUUUUUAUGCAUAAGGCUUACAUGUAAAUGCUUACAUACAUAUUAUGCAUACUUACAUGUAUAAAUCAGUUUGAAGAUUCACGUUGAUAUAACACACAUACACACACACACACACACACGCGCACACACACACACACACACACACACACACACACACACACACACACACACACACACACACACACACACACACACACACACACACACA